UUGAGGCAACCCAUUCACAAUUGGCGAACGCUGAGGAAAUCCUUGAAACCCGCAGUUGCAGUCUUCAUGAAAGCAAUGGCUGACUUCGCCUGUCCGGGAAAAGGAGAACCUCCUGAAUAUCUUCAAGACUUUUUGGAAGAAUGUUCUUUCAGUUAUGCUCAAGAUCCCGACGCUGUGGCAAAAUUCAUCGAAGAUAAAAGCGCGUUUACAGUUGUGCACGACUUCGACAUGAUCUUUGAAUUCCUCACGUCACUGUCCAAAAAAAGCAAAGACGAAGGAAUGUUGGCUUUGCAGGUAGCAGACCAAAAAGAAACGUUGCGACCGUGGAGUAAGCUGCUGACGUCAUCUAACGAACGAACCGCUCCUGAGAAAUGUUCCAUGCUUAGGCCGAAACCAAGACCAUCAGAGAUGUGCUGAGGGAAAGAACUUUCUGUCGUACGCUGUGGUGUUCAAUUCAUUUUGUUUUGUUUAUGUUAACUCGAGUUGCUGACGAAUUUUUCUCAAUUGUCGGUGAUAAAUGAAGUUUCAACUUAUGUAAAGGAG